AUGCAGCAGCAGCAGCAGCGGCAACCUCACCAGCAGCAGCACCCCCAGCAGCAGCAAUACGUCGCCCUUCAAUACGCCCAGCAGCAGCAGCAGCAGCAGCAGCAGCAGCAGCAGCAGCAGCAGCAGCAGCAGCAGUACGCGUCAGCAGCAGGGCUCGCCGGCGUGGGCUUUGACGCGUCCAGCACGAUUCUGCAGCUCCAGCAAAUGCAGCAGGCCGGCGCCGCAGGCGCCGCCGCCGUCGCCGUCGGCGGCGGCAUGGGGGCCGGCGGCGUAUACCAAGCCGCGUCGGCUGGCGCCGCGGCCGCCGGGGCGGGGGUGGGGGUGGGCGCCCAAUACCAGCUGGCGCAGCAGCAGAGCGCCGCGGGCGCGGCGGUGCAGUAUGGCAGCUACGUUCAGCAGCAGCACCACCCCCAGCAGCAGCAGCAGCAGCAGCAGCAGCAGCAGCAGCAGGCCGUGUCGUAUGGCGCCAUAGCUCAGGGUGGCCAGGCGCUGGAUGUGCUGGGAGCCUAUGUACCCGCGGCUGCCGGCGCGCAGUAUGGGCAGGCACGCGCGCAGCAUCACCAUCAGCAUGCGACGCUGCAGCAGCAGCAGCAGCAGGCGCUGCUGGGCGCCGGCCAAGGGCAGGGGGUGGUGUAUCAAGUGCUCCAGUACCCCCAAGGCACUGGGGCCGGCGGCUACACCACCGCCUAUGCAGCCGGAAUGCCGCAGGCGGCGGGACAGCAGCAACUCUGGCAGCAGCAGCAGCAACAGCAGCAGCAGCAGCGGCAGCAGCAGCAGGAGCUGCUGCAGGGGCUUCAUAUGGGGGAAACGCAAGUGGUGAACUUAGAUCCACCAGGCCUGGGCGACCCCAGCCCUGCUUAUUACUUUUAG